AUGGGGCAGAUUCUAUCCAAUCCGGUGAUUGAUAAGGAGCAGAACAGGGGAAGUGAUGUUUUGACAGCGUUUGGUCUUUGUGCGAUGCAGGGGUGGCGGAUGUCUAUGGAGGAUGCGCAUAUAGUUGAUUUGGAUAUUAGUGGGGAGGGGUCAGAGGACCAUAUUGCGUAUUACUGUGUUUUUGAUGGGCACGGUGGGGCUUCGGUGGCGCAGUACUGUGGGGAGAACUUUUCCAAAAUAUUGCAGAAGCAGCUUGAGGGGGGGGGUAGUGUUAAUUUCUGCAAGGCGCUUAUUGCGUCGUUUAUUGCGACGGACGAGGAGUUGCUUAGGGAUCCGGUGCUAGCUAACGAUCAUAGUGGGUGUACGGCUACUACUUUGUUGGUGUCUCGGAAGCAGAAUGUGCUUGUGUGUGCUAAUUCUGGGGAUUCGCGGACUGUUCUUUCUACCAACAAGUGGGCGAAGGCGUUAUCGUUUGAUCAUAAGCCGACCCUUCGGUCUGAGCAGUCGCGGAUUAUUGCUGCGGAUGGGUUUGUGGAGAUGGAUCGUGUCAACGGGAACUUGGCGUUGUCCCGGGCGAUAGGAGAUUUUGAGUUCAAGUCGAAUCCCAAUCUUGCGGCGCACGAGCAGAUUGUCACCUGUGUUCCUGAUGUUUUGGAGCACAGUUUGGAUUACUCCAAAGAUGAGUUUGUUAUCUUGGCAUGCGACGGCAUUUGGGACUGUCUAUCAAGCCAAGAGUGCGUGGACCUUAUUCAUUACGGGAUCCAGCACGACAUGAGCUUACAGGAUAUCGCAUCGCGUGUAAUUGACGUAUGUUGCUCCCCAACCACAGAGGGUACUGGGAUUGGCUGUGACAAUAUGAGUUUCAUUAUUGUGGCGUUGUUAAGAGAGGGCGAAACAGAAGACGAGUGGCUUGCGCGUAUGAAGGCUAAGAAAUACGAAGGGUUGUGUUCCUUUGAAGCACAAAGGAGAAAGGUCUUCUCUUACCAUUAUGACUUUGUGACUGAAGAUGACGAAAACUUGUUUGAUAUCUCUACAAAGAGACCCGAAGAGAGGUCCAGGGGCAACGGCGGGCUUCCAUCCGUACACGCCGCUGGAUCUCGAGGCAGCGACGAGGCAGACGACGAGGAAAGUGCUGCCGCCAACUCCGGUGAUGGUAGUAGACAGCAUUUAUAUUCUCUAGAGGAAUUGAUUAACGCUGGAGGUAUUCAAAUCACCCAAGGUGGCAACAACACUUCCUACAUCCAUGGAUCUGCUUUAUCUGAAGUAUUAGCCUCUUUAGUGGGCGCCACAGGUGGAAUAGUCUCUAGACCGGCUCAACAGCAUAACGAGGAAUCUGAACCAGAGGAUGGCGAGCAUGCCGAUAAAAAGUUGGAGGAGAUUCAGGAAUGA